AUGUACAGUGGUUGCAUAGGCAACACCGUAUUUUUGGUCGCCUACUGUCACAAACAAGCAUCCUCUCGUCCGCUUCGGUGUCCUCUGCCAAAACCACGCUCGCCGCCAUCCCAGACUAGCCUUCUGCUCUAUCAGAGGAUAGCAAAGGGCCUCGACAUCGUCACACCUCUAACCGAUCUUCAGCCACCUCUUGUCAGCACCCUCGUCCUCUACGAUGAAGCCCUUGCAACCCACUUUGAAGAAAUGACUGAAGUACACCAGGCCCAGAAACGUCAGAGGAUGCUUAGUUACUACGGCGAAAUGCUUGCUGGACAAAGAAAACGGCAGAUACGUCGCGCUGGACAACAUUCAUCCAACACCCAGACUGUUGACAAGGAGGGUGAUGUCCCAGUCGAUGAAUUUGUUAUGCAGGUUGCCAUCGGUACUAUCAAGCUUAACAACUGGGAGGCACAAAUUCUACUGUCAACUCGGGAAGCCAAUUGA